GAUGCCCAGUUGUUAAAGUUUGUCGGAGAUCUCUUUACAGCCGGCACAGAGACUUCCGCCACAACACUCAGAUGGAUGUUGAUAUUCCUCGUGCACCACGAAGACGUCCAGCAGACGAUGUACAGGGAGAUCGAAAAAACCCUGGACGGCCGGGCGCAGCUGUCCAUCUUGGACAAGAAGAAGAUGCCGUACACGGAGGCCGUCAUCCUCGAAAGCCAGAGACUCGGCGACAUUGCCCCGUUCUCAUUGCCCCAUGCCACCACGGAACCGGUCAAGGUCGGCGACUACGUCGUGCCA